AUGAAGGAUUCGUCAGAGGAUCAAAAGGCUCCAAUCGAGUCAAGUCAACAGGAUGCGCCUGAAGUGGAGGUGAUUGAUGGGGGUCGUCCAACCAUCAGAACCUUCGCUACGAUCGCGAAGCUCAGGCCAAAUGACAUGGUCAGGGUACUCUCAAAUGGAUCAACAUAUACAGUUUCAGAAGUGAGAGGAGGAAAGUAUAUCCUUUGCGAUGAUAGUGGCAAGGAGGUUAUGCAAGGGCGCGAGUAUGAUGAGAGUGAGUUGGAAUUGGUAGAUGAUCCUUUCUAA